AUGAUCAUAUUUAAGAAUUCCAAACGACGCUUCCAGGUCAACUCUUUUGAAGAGCUUCCUGUUUGGAUGAGACGUAGCUUCCGGGAAAGAGUUAUUAGAGUGUUUACGCGAUCUGCAUCGUCAAGGACCUCUUGGGCUCUCUUCCGUUAUCCGAAUCAUUCAAAAAUGCAUAAAUCAAUUAUUAGGAAAGAUGCUUACCUGAAGCGAACCUUAUUGUCGUCUGGGUUCGGGUGUCCUCUCUGCCCCAAUUUCAAGACAGAAAGUGAUGAAGUGAUCCAGAGGCACUUGAGCAACCACAGUGCAAAUGCUGUUAUUUUCCAGGACAAAUUCUGCAUCUGCAGGUGCAACUUAUCCUGCAGGGCUGGAGGCCACUUCCAUUGUCCUUUUUGUGACGGCACUAUUAUGCGUAAAGACGAUAUGGUGUCACAUCUGUAUAUGUGUCCAAAUGAAUGUAAAAUGAUUCAGCCUUCUCUGGUGGACUCUUGUAAGUCACCUUCACCAGAGACCUCGCCCCAUGAAGUGAACCAGAGGCAUUUGAGAAACCACAAUGCAAAUGAGGUUCUUUUCAAGGGUUUUUAUAUGUUGUUUGGAUCAAGUAAUGUGAUCCAACCCACACUGGAGAAAUGUGAGCCAUCUUCAACAGAAACCCAGUCUUUAAAAGAGGAUCUAUCACCAGUGCAUAAAUCAAUUAUUAGGAAAGAUGCAUACCUGAAGCGAACCCUGUUAUCAUCUGGGUUUGGGUGUCCUCUCUGCCCCAAUUUCCAGACAGAAAGUGAUGAAGUGAUCCAGAGGCAUUUGAGGAACCACAAUACAAAUGCUAUUAUUUUCCAGGACAAAUUCUGCAUCUGCCGGUGCAAAUUGUUCUGUCAUUUUGAAGGCCACUUCCAUUGUCCUUUUUGUGGUGGGACAGUAACUAAAAAGAAAGAUAUGACAUUCCAUCUUACCACUUGUCCAAACAAAAGUAACGUGAUCCAACCCACACUGGAGAAUUCUUCUGCAGACCACUCCUACCGGCAAGCAGCAUCACCAAAGACCCCGACACCUGCCACAGAUUUUGAUCAGACAACUGCUACCACCUCAAAAAAACCCACAAUUCAAGAGAGAGAAGUAAUUCUGCCACUGACCAAGGCUGAAAGUGAUGAAGUGAUCCAGAAGCUCUUGAGAAACCACAAUGCAAAUGCAGUUCAUUUCCAGGACUUGUCUAGUAGAGUUGGAGGCCACUUCCAUCCUUCUUUUUGUGACAGUACAAUAACUACCAAGGACUUGAUGUUCCGUCUUACCACGUGUCCAGAUAAAAGUAAUGUGAUCCAACCCACACUGGUGGAAUCUUACAAAUUCUGCGUCUGCAGGUGCAACUCAUCUGCAGACCACUUCCAUUGUCCUUUUUGUGACGACACAAUCAUUCGUAAGGAAGAUAUGAUAUUACAUCUGAAUGUGUGUCCAAAUAAAAAUAAGUCAACCCAAUCCACACUGGUGGAAUCUGCAGACCACUCUUAUGCAAAAGCAGCUUUACCCAAGACCCCCACACCUGUCACAGAUUUUGAUCAGACAACUCCUGCUACUACCUCAGACCAACUCAUGAUUCAGGAGGAGGAAGUGACUGUGCCACUGACCAACGUGCAUGAAUCAGUUAUUAGGAAUGAUACGGACCUGAAGCAAAGCCUGCUAACAUCUGGGUUUGAGUGUCCUCUCUGCCCCGAUUUCAAGACUCAAAGUGAUCGAGUGAUCCAGACGCAUUUGAGCAACCACAUUGCAAAUGGAGUGCAUUUCCAGGAAAACGUAGUCUGCAGGUGCAAUUUGCCUUGUAGAGCUGGAGGCCACUUUCAUUGUCUUUUUUGUGACAAGACACUAAUUAACAAGGACAGUAUGGCAUUACAUCUGAUCAGAUGUCAAAACAAAAGUACAGUGGUCCAAUUCCCACUGGUGGAAGCUUCACCAGAGCCUUUCACGCAGCCUUUAAUAGAUCCUCUGGAACCAUCAGGGAGUGAAGACCACUCGGUGUCCUCACAAACUGCAGAUCAUGCCUACACACAAACUCCCACACUCAUCACAGCUUUAAAUCAGACAACUCCUGCUACCACCUCAGACGCACUCAUGAUUCAAGAGGAGGAAAUAACUCUACCAUUGUCCAAGGCUGAAAGUGAUGAAGUGAUCCAGAAGGUCUUGAGAAACCACAAUGCAAAUGCAGUUCCAUUCCAGGACUUGUCUAGUAGAGUUGGAGGCCACUUCCAUCGUCCUUUUUGUGACAGUACAAUACCUACCAAGGACGUGAUGUUCCAUCUUACCACGUGUCCAGAUAAGAGUAAUGUGAUCCAACCCACACUGGUGGAAUCUUCUGGAGACCAUUCCUACACAAAAACAGCUUCAUGCAAGACCCCCACACCUGCCACAGAUUUUGAUCAGACAACUCUUGCUACCACCUCAGAACAACCCACCAUUCAAGAGGGAGAAGGAACUCCGCCACUGACCAACGUGCAUAAAUCAGUUAUUAGGGAAGAUACAUACCUGGAGCGAACCCUGUUACCAUCUGGGUUUGGGUGUCCUCUCUGCCCCCAUUUCAAGACGGAAAGUGAUGAAGUGAUCCAGAGCCACUUGAGCAACCACAGUGCAAAUGCUGUUAUUUUUGAGGACAAAUUCUGCGUCUGCAGGUGCAACUCUUCUGCAGACCACUUCCAUUGUCCUUUUUGUGACGACACAAUCAUUCGUAAGGAAGAUAUGAUAUUACAUCUGAAUGUGUGUCCAAAUGAAAAUCAGUCAACCCAAUCCACAUUGGUGGAAUCUGCAGACCACUCUUAUGCAAAAGCAGCUUUACCCAAGACCCCCACACCUGUCACAGAUUUUGAUCAGACAACUCCUGCUACUACCUCAGACCAACUCAUGAUUCAGGAGGAGGAAGUGACUGUGCCACUGACCAACGUGCAUGAAUCAGUUAUUAGGAAUGAUACGGACCUGAAGCAAAGCCUGCUAACAUCUGGGUUUGAGUGUCCUCUCUGCCCCAAUUUCAAGACUCAAAGUGAUCGAGUGAUCCAGACGCAUUUGAGCAACCACAUUGCAAAUGGAGUGCAUUUCCAGGAAAACGUAAUCUGCAGGUGCAAUUUGCCUUGUAGAGCUGGAGGCCACUUUCAUUGUCUUUUUUGUGACAAGACACUAACUAACAAGGACAGUAUGGCAUUACAUCUGAUCAGAUGUCAAAACAAAAGUACAGUGGUCCAACCCGCACUGGUGGAACCUCCACCAGAGACGCAGCCUUUAAUAGACCCUCUGGAACCAUCAGGGAGUGAAGACCACUCGGUGUCCUCACAAACUGCAGAUCAUGCUUUCACACAAACUCCCACACUCAUCACAGCUUUUGAUCAGACAACUCCUGCUACCACCUCAGACCAACUCAUGGUUCAAGAUGUAGAGGUGCAUAAAUCAAUUACUUGGAAAGAUACAUACCUGGAGCGAACCCUGUUACCAUCUGGGUUUGGGUGUCCUCUCUGCCCGUAUUUCAACACUGUAAAUGAUGACGUAAUCGAGAGGCAUCUGAGAAACCACAAUGAAAAUGGAGUGCAUUUCCAGGAAAUUAUAGUCUGCAGGUGCAAUUUGUCCUGCAGAGUUAAAAGCCACUUCCAUUGUCCUUUUUGUGACAGCACUAUCAUUCGUAAGGACAAUGUGCCAUUACAUCUUAAAGAGUGUCAUGAAAAUAGUCCUUUGGACCUUCGCAAACUGCUGGUUUCUUGUAAGCCAUCUUUACCAGAGACCCAGCCCUUCAAAGAUAUUCUGGAACCAUCAGUGAACGAAGACCACUAUACGUCCUCACAAACUGCAGACUAUUCUUACUCACAAACAGCACCACUCGAGACCCCCACAUUUGCCACAGAGUUUGACCAGAGAGCUCCUGCUACCUCCACAGACCAACCCAUGAUUGAAGAGGAAGAAGUAACUGUGCCAAAAGCCCAUGUGAAGUGUCCUCACUGCCCACUAGUUUUAUACAGGCAGAAUUUGGCAGUACACAUCAAAAGAAAACAUAGCAAACUUGAAGACAUUGCAGAAAAAUCCCAGUUAAAAAGCUCGUGUACUGACCAAAGCAAAGAUAGUAAAGCAUCUCAUGGUCUGAGUGUGCAGCCUAAGGCAUGGAGUCUACAACAUCACACAAAAUCUGAAAUGAAGGUCUGUUGCCAACAUCACUUGCUUUUUCAACAUAGUGGACUGUCUCACAGCAUGUGUCAUCGCAUUUGUUCUGGUGACUAUCUCAGCAGCAUGGCACCAAUGCCCCUGACUAACACCAAGUUUUCUAUGAAAUGGAGGAAAACUAGGCUACAUUAUGUAAAUAUUGCAAUGCUUUAACUUUUGAACUUGCACUUAAAAGAUACAAAAAAUGUAAAUGUGUUUAUUAAAUGUCAGUUUUCGACUAUUUCAAAACUAGGGGUGUGUAUUGGCAAGAAUCCGGCAUUGUGAUACAUAUCACAGUACAGGGGAGAGGGUAUACAAUGAUAGAUGAUAUUUGCAAUACUAAAAGCAAUAUUUGCAAUUUUUAAGACCGAGUUUAUUUGGGAAAACUCAGUGUAGACCCUUCCAAGACACAUGGGUGUUAUCACAAGAUCUGGUUCCUUCAGAAAGAACACAGUAAAAGCUGCUGUCAUAUAGUUGAAUUGCACUUCUUGUGUUUCAGUUUUUUCAUCUGUACAAUGACAUUUUUAUCGUCUACUGGUUGUUUUGAUAUUUUUGUAUGUAUUGCUUUACUCUUUUAUUUAAAACUUCUAAAUAUUUUGUUUUCUGAGUUUAAUUAGCAUUCCUCUUUAUUUUAAUUUUCAUAUACCUUUUAUUCUAUUUUUGUUGUUUAUUUAUGGUCAUUUUAGGACUUUAUGAUGUGUUGUUCUUCUUAAAGAACUGUAAAUUUUUUUGGUCUGUCAGUCCUUUUGUCCUUGGGUAAGAAAAGUCAGUUUUACCUGUUGGUGGUGGUCAGGGGGACUGUACUGUAGUGUCGGUGUUUGGCUGCCCACUUCUGUCAGUAUGCCUGGAUAUGGUGUUCAUUAUGGACAAUCCGUGACGAGCACAGAAGCCCAAUAACAAAACACCAAUCUGGUUCAGAUCAGGAGGGCCAUUCCUCCCAACCACACCUCUCCAGGUCUCUGUCGUUGCCCACAUGAGCUGUGAAGUUCCCUAGGAGAAGGAGGAGUCACCAGAAGAAGCAAUCUCCUACACGCACCUUUAGGGACUCCAAAAAGUGUGGGUAGUCUGAUCCGCACAAACUAUAGUCAAGACCUGUUGUCCACACAGGUGGAGGGAGGCUACCCUCUCAUUCACCGGGGUAAACCCUAACGUACAGGCCCCUGCGCGGUUGCCUGUUGGUGGUUGGAGGGAUUGUUGGUGCCAGUGUUGGACAGCCUCACGUCUGUCAGUGUGCACCAAGGCUACAUUGUAGUGCCAAUGUGUGUGCUUGGGUGAAUGACCGGUUGUAUUGUAAAGUGCCUUAGGGGGUUGUAGAACCUAGAAGGUACCAUAAAUACAAGCCAUUUACUGAUCAACCACAUCUA